UGUGCCGUUACUCUGGCAACGUUUGGUUUCUUUUGGUUGUAGCCGUUUAGCUGGCUUGUCAAGUUGUCAAAGAUUGUAAAACAUAUCAAAUUUAAUGCCAAAAAUAAGUUCAGACACGCUAUGGGAGCAGGCUGCGGCGGAGGUCCACAGGCGGGAGGCUGAGGGUGGGGGGGAGGACGGAGGAGAGACGGUCAGCGAGAGGACCGUGUUUCUGAUGGGGAGCAAGGCCGGGGGUAAAACGUCCAUUCUCCUUAGAUGCCUCGACAGGGAUGAACCAUCUAAGCCAACACUAGCACUGGAGUACACUUUCGGAAGACGGGCCCGAGGACACAACACACCCAAAGACAUAGCCCACCUAUGGGAGCUAGGAGGAGGGACCUCUUUGUCAGACUUGGUCCAGAUCCCCAUCACUCCUGUCAGCAUCAGGUCUCUCUCUGUCAUCCUCAUUCUGGACCUGUCCAAACCCAACGGCCUGUGGGUAACCAUGGAAAAGCUGCUUCAGGCAACACAAGCUCAGUUGGAGAAAGUCUCGUCCCAGGCACAACAAGCACAGAAAGCCAAACCUGGAGCCAAACACCAUAUGCCUGUCCGCUCAGCAGCACGGGUGUUACCUAAAGACUAUCCUGACAGAGAGCUGAUCAGUCCCUUUCCUGUUCCUCUGCUCAUCAUCGGUAGCAAAUAUGACACCUUUCAGGAAUUUGACUCUGACAAGAGGAAAGUGGUUAGUAAAACACUGCGUUUUGUUGCCCACUACUACGCAGCCUCUCUUAUUUUCACUAGCAUCAAGACAGAAAGCCUAAUGUCAAAAACCAAGAGCUUCUUCUCCCACCUGGCCUUCGGUCUGGACAGAGGGAAAAGUGUGUCCUGUGACUCUUCCAAGUCUCUCAUCGUUCCAGCAGGCUAUGACUCCUUCAGCCAAAUAGGUUCCCCUCCUACUACUGAUGUAGACAUUACUACUCUGCAUGCUAAAAACCCAAAGGACCUCUGGAAGAAAGUCUACGAGCGUGUCUUCCCCCAAGAGAAUACCAGUGAGCAAAGGGAACUAAAGGAUCCAGCCAAAGACCCACAGUACAGUGAGCCUCAGAUUGAUGCCAUGAGAGCCCAAAAAGACCAGGAGUUGGAUCAGUAUAAAAGGGAUGCAGCUAAGUCAUGGAAAGGACUGGAGCUGGAGACAUGAGACACUCAGCAUUACGGCUUUUCUUUAUUUAUUUCCUUUGGUUCAUUGUGUCUUUUUUUAAACAACAAAACUACAUGUAUACCAUACCAAUGAUAAAAUUGUGUUCUAAAAAUAAACAAUUUAACAUUA